AUGCUGAACGAUCGCAGUAGAUCCAUGACUGUCCAGGCACUGCUGCACGGCCUCGUUGUCCUUUCUGUGGCUCUCGCUUCUAACGUUAAAGAAACCGAACCGAAGUUCUUCAGUCUAAAGACUGCAAUGGAAAAGUUCGUUGGAGUUUUUGAAAAACAGUACAACACUAAAGUGAAUUGGACUGAUAUGUGGUCAAACAGCCAAGAAAUGAAAGACCUGUUCGGGGAAAAAAAGUUUUAUAUACAAGUCGAAGGGGGCACGGUAAAAAUGGGUGAUCCAAAAACAGGUUCCGGUGCCCGCAGCCUUUUGUACGCUAACCUCUAUAACAACGAAUCGAAUGCUACCCAAACAUACACUGUCACGCAUACUACCAUUCGCAAAGAAAGAACAUCUGUAAAAGUAAGCGACGGAUUCAGUCUGGGCAUUGAAACUUCGGGAGGUGUGUCAUUAAAAACAGUGUUUGGAUUGAGUGGCAGCGGCGGCGUUAAAUACAACUCGGACAACACCACGACCGACACUCAGACGAAACUCAAGACGUUUGCGGUGGCCACAGGAGUCAACGUUCCUUCCAACAGGACUGUUCGAGUGGAGUGGUUCGCCACCACCGCUGAAAGCGAUAUUGAUUGGACCUGCGAUUUUACCAUCAGCGGAUACUUUGCCAUAGGGCUCAAGGAAAAAUUUCAAGACACCUACGUGCUCAUCCUUCCAGCGUAUUACCUCGCCCUUGCCAACAACGAAAUGGAAAUAGUAGGCCCUCGGCACGCGCGCUUCGUGGCUAAAGGUGUGUUUAGAAAGGUCUUUGUACCGGGAUCUGACAUCUACACGAAUGAUGUGACGGAAACGCUGAAGAAAAGAGAGGUGAUUGUUUCUGGAAGGUCACGGAUUGCUGGUGAAUUUUAA